AUGACAGCAAAAGCAUUUUGUGCUGCAUUGCCAGAUCAAUUCUACCAAUAGAUUUUGAAUCAUGGAAUUUGAAUGGUAGAUUUUUUUAAAAAUUGAAAUAAUAAAAUUCGGAACCAGGACACACCAAAGGUGUAUUUUUAAAAAUAAACCGUGAACGUAGGUACAGUGUCUAUUUUAGCACCUAAUUUUCGAAUUUACUCUUGAAAAUGAGUGCAAGUAAGCCAGUCGAGGAAAUAAUGAUUGAAAGAAAAUCAUCUGGGGACAGCAUAUUGAGUAUUAUUUUCAGUGCCAUUAAAAAGGUUUCAAUAGUGGGUAUUGUAUAUCUAGCAGGGUAUAUGCAAUGGUCUGUUGCAUGGUUUAUAGGACCUAUAGUUUUAUUAGUAAUUCGAGACCAAUGGAAGAAAACAAGUGAUAGAAAGCGAAAUUUUGCAAAAGUAACAUCUUUGUCAAGUGAAAAGGAGGUUGUUUUGGCUAGAUUGAAUGAUUUACCAGCUUGGGUGAGUGAUAAGUACCUAUUUAGUUUUUUUUCUUAGUUGAAUGUAUUAUAAG